AUUUCGGAGCAUCAACAAUUCAAAGAACUACACUUCCCAGCAUGCUCAUCAGCCAAAAAUAUGGUUGCACACAACAUCAACUGCAGAGGACUGUGUAUUGUAAUAGACUAAUUGCAAAGAUGCUGAGUUUCUUCAUGGUUAUUGUUCUUUGCAUAAGUCGUGGGUCUACUUUGGAUACCAAAGUCUCACAGAAUGCCCACAGUCCCAGUGAGACCUAUCUCAUAUCAAUAUGGCAAAACAGACUGUACUUGUAUUCAGCUGCUGCACUAGUCUUUGGGAUCUGGUUCUCACUUAAGUUGAUACUGAAGAAGAAAAGCUUAUCCAAAGACGUCGGCCCGUGGGUCUACAAAGCUGUGAAGAGCAAUGACAGCCCUGACCGAGACACCUCGGUUCAUGUGUCCGCAGUUAAAAUCUUCUACGGUUCACAAACUGGAACUGCAAAGGGUUUUGCAGAAGAGCUGUCAGAGGAGGUGAAGACUUUGGGUAUACCAGCGGAGGUGAUCGACAUCAAAGACUACGAUCCAGACGAUCAACUUGCUGAUGAGUGCACCAACAAGUCAGUCUGCGUAUUUCUUGUGGCCACCUACACUGACGGACAGCCCACAGAGAACGCUGAGUGGUUCUGCAAGUGGUUGGAGGAGGCAUCCACUGAUUUCAGAUACGGGAAGACCUACCUCAAAGGCCUCAGAUAUGCUGUGUUUGGUCUUGGCGACUCUGUCUAUGUUGGCCACUACAAUACGGUGGGUAAAAAUGUGGACAAGUGGCUUUGGAUGCUGAGUGGCAUGCGGAUCAUGACCAGGGGAGAGGGCGACUGUAAUGUGGUGAAGAGCCGUAACGGCAGCAUUCAGACAGACUUCCUGGCCUGGAAGGUCAGGUUCCUGAAGCGCCUACAGGCCCUGGCCAAGGGUGAGAAGAAGAGCUGCAGCGGGAACUGUAAGACUGGAGGCUCCUGUAAGAACAAGAGGAAAGACGGCCAGGAGGAGGAGGAGGAGGAGGAGGAGAAGGCAGCUCUGCAGAAUAACAGCUCGGAGGAGGAUCUUAUAGAGUCCAGCAGUGAUGAGGAGGACUCUAGCCUGCAAGAUGAGAAACACUCCGGUUCAGUGGUUGACAUGGAGGAUCUGGGCAAGAUCAUGAGCAGUGCCAAGAAAGCAAAGAGCAAGGAGGAGGGUGGAGGAGACGGCCAGAUGGUGAAGCUAUCCAAGUUGAACGGCGUGAAGAUGAUUGAAGAUGACGGGGAAAGAAGAGAGAUGAUCACCCCUGCCCUUAGAGGGGCACUGACAAAACAAGGGUACAAACUAAUUGGAAGUCACUCAGGAGUGAAGCUUUGUCGAUGGACCAAGUCCAUGUUGCGAGGGAGAGGAGGAUGUUACAAGCACACUUUCUAUGGUAUUGAGUCCCACCGGUGCAUGGAGACUACCCCCAGCCUCGCCUGUGCUAACAAGUGUGUCUUCUGCUGGAGACACCACACCAACCCUGUGGGCACAGAGUGGCGCUGGAAGAUGGACCCUGCUGAGAAGAUCCUGCAGGAGGCCUUGGAGAAGCACGAGAGCAUGAUUCGACAGUUCAGAGGUGUCCCUGGAGUGAAGCCCGAGCGCUAUGAGGAGGGCUUGGCAGUCAAGCACUGUGCCCUCUCCCUGGUGGGUGAGCCAAUCAUGUACCCCGAAAUCAACACCUUCAUCCGCCUCCUCCACUCUCAUCGCAUCUCCAGCUUCCUGGUCACCAAUGCACAAUUCCCGCAGGAAAUCAGGAGCCUGGUGCCAGUUACCCAGUUGUAUGUUAGUGUGGACGCCAGCACCAAAGACAGUCUGAAGAGGAUUGACCGACCACUUUUCAAGGACUUCUGGCCACGCUUCCUGGACAGCCUCAGGGCCCUGGGAGAGAAGAGACAGAGGACGGUGUAUAGACUGACGCUGGUAAAGGCCUGGAAUGUGGAGGAGAUGCAGUCCUACUCAGAGCUCAUUGCUUUGGGCCAGCCAGACUUCAUUGAGGUCAAGGGAGUGACGUAUUGUGGAGAAAGCUCUGCCAGCACUCUGACCAUGGCUAAUGUCCCCUGGCACCAGGAAGUGGUCACCUUCGUCCAGCAGCUGGCUGACAUGUUGCCUCAGUAUGAGAUCGCCUGCGAACACGAGCACUCCAACUGUUUGCUCAUGGCACACACCAAGUUCAAGGUGGAUGGCGAGUGGUGGACAUGGAUCAACUACGAGCGUUUCCAGGAGCUGGUCCAGGCUCAUGAGGAGAGUGGGGGAAAGCGGGGCUUCUCAGCCUUGGACUACAUGGCCAAGACGCCCCGCUGGGCUCUGUUCGGAGCCAAUGAGCAAGGUUUUGACCCCGCCGACACACGCUUCCAACGACGCAACAAAAGCAAAGACAUUUCAGGAUGCUGAUAGAUGUGAGAGAGAGCGAGAGGUAGGAUGAAGAGAACGAGUACUAAUCGCCAAAUCAAAAAAUAAAUAAUAACGUAGGGUUCAACGGUUUUAUUCCUAUCCUCUUUGAGUUUCAGAGAGUUUUACUGUCCCCAGCUGCCCUCAUUCUCACUUAAACUCUUUUGCCCUCGUUUCAUUUCUCUUCAAUUUGGAUCUUUUAUUUUAUUGGUGUGAGCUCUAAGAUCAGCCAAAAACUGUCAGAAUUAAUUUCUCUAAACUCAUUUUCUAGACAUUCCCCUUCACUUUCACUUUAAGUGCUUCUUUUACUUCCUGUACAUAGAUCUUUGAUACUCUCCUCUUUUUUUGAAGAGGUUAUUAUAAUAAAUGUUGAUGGCUCUGAUCUGUUAAACAAUCUGGCAGCACUUUGGAAGUGUUACACAGUUAAAGUUGGGAGUUUGUGCCAUUAUCAUCAUUUCAGACUUUUGUUUUUAAUAUUCCAGGUUCUACUGUAGUUAGGCAGCUGUACAGCUCAGGACAUGAUAAGCGUGUAAGGAAUCCAGAUGUAAAAUUCAAGUCCAUUUUGUUUUUUUAAUUGAAUGUAAAACCAGAUGUUAAUGUUUAAGUCCAUUUUGAUUUGUUUUGUAAGAUCUGUAAUGUUGCAGUGAUUCCCUGUUGGGAGAAACAGCAGGUGUGGGGAUAUAUCACUAUAAUAAAUAGAUGAGGAAUAA